GGAGGCGACGGCGCCCCGAAUACCCGGACCUGUAGAUGAUUAGAUGCCCUCUAUCCUCUGUUUCCUUAUGAAGUACCAGGACAGGCUGCUAGAGCUACAAUGCAGGCUGAAAUAUCUAGACCCCUCAUGAGCACAGAUGCUUUCUUGAAGCCGGAAUUCAAGAGGAGUAAACAGCUAAGAUUGUUGCAGAUCCUGGAGAUGCCUGAAAGGUGUGGAAGGCUUCCAAAGAGGAUGAAUUGUACCUGUGGCAUUGAGGUAGCCAAGGAGUUGGUGUGGGAGAACUGGGAGCUGGGAAGAGAAAUCACCAAACUCCUCAAGCUGAAAAAUGUUCAGUCUAAAAAGCAAAUUCUAACAUUUAGCUCUCCGUCUUCAAAAUUCUUCACCACCAUGUUUCCACAAUCCAUAUCCUUGAAUCCUGGUAUGUCUUUUUGCCUCCCGGUUACUUUCCGCCCAACAGAAAAGUGCGAAUACAAUGACAGCAUUUGGUUUGAACUGGGAGAUUCCAGUUUUCAAGUCCUUCUUCGUGCAACACUUCCAGGAUAUGCCUUAGAAAUGCCAGAUGCUGUUCAUCUUCCUACGUGUGGAGCCUGUGACAGCUCUGAAGCUACCUUUCAAAUGAAAAACAUCAGCAUGUAUCCAACAAGUUUCUCUUGGGUUGUCCCAGAACCUUUUCAGUUUAAUCCAGCCAAAGGAACACUGAAUGCAGGAUCACGAUGUACAAUUAAGGUCAUUUUUCGGCCUUAUGGUGCUUUAGUGUAUGAGGAUAUAGCAACCUGCAAAUCCACUGGAGAAGAAGAGAGCACCAAAAGCAUCUGUCUUAGAGGCAUUUCAAAAUAUCCACACAUUUUGGUGAAGGUGCCAGAGAAUAUGCAGCAAAUUACACAACAUGAUGACACUCAGACUGUGCUGGACUUUGGUUGCAUCGCAGUAGGCAGUACUGUGGAGAAACACAUUGAAGUUUUCAAUUUGUCACAGGUGAAAGCUGUCUUCAGAAUUUCUCGAGCUCAUCGGCCUGCAUUGAUGGAUCCUGUUUUCUUCUGCAACAAACACCAAGCAGUUAUUCAAGCUGAUGGCAAAAUAAAAAUCCCAGUGCUGUUUUCUCCUCAGACGGUGGGGAUCACCAAUGUGGAUUAUUUUUAUGUUGGAACCACAGGCAACACUAGCAAAUCCAUCCUCAAAGUGGUUGGCUCCAGCAAGGGCCCCCUGGUCUCUCUUGAAAAAUCAUUAGUAGAUUUUGGCUGUGUAAAUCUUGGUAAAUCCGCAAUAUGUACCUUGGAGCUAAAGAAUUCCUCGGACGUCACGACUUACUACCAGUUCAAUACAGAUUGCAGCCACAGCGUAUUUGUCAUUGAUCAGCCACAGGGUGUACUCGAUGGACUAACUUCAAAAACCCUGAGUGUAACAUUUCAUCCAAUGCAGCCAAUUAACUACUAUAGACGACUUGCCUGCCUUAUUCAAUAUCAGGACCCCCUUUACGUGAAUAUGAUUGGCACAUGUCAUUCAGAGCAGAACAAACCAGGAAUUCUAAAGCCCCAACACAUCAAUCUCUACCAGAUAAACAUGGCUCGGGGUUUGACUUACUAUCCUCCAGAUAUUCUUAGUACCAUGCUGUCUGAGAAGAAGCUCACACUGGAUCAAAUGGGUGCUUUACUGCAGAAGGCAGGCAGAUACCAGGCUGAAAAUAUUGAUAAUGAAGGAGUCAGAAAGGAUAAAGCUAGUGACACUAUGGAGCAGCCUCCUCUUAUUCACCCUCUUGCAGAAUACUUCAAUGACACAUUCAGCAACACUGACUCUUCUCUCCCACCUCAUGUCAGUAUUGAUGUCCAGGAAUUUGUUUUCAGCAGUGCCACCCAGUCCUGCCCGUUCAGCAUGACCAAUCACACAAUGGGCAAAGUAAGCAUUGCUUGGGUCUGCACUGCCAACAGUGUGUUUACCAUAAGCCCUCAGGCCUGUGAUAUCCCUCCUCUCAAGUCGACUGCCUUCCGUGUUACUUUUACACCAGACAGGACAAACGCCCUUUAUGGAGCUGAACUCGAGUGCUUUGCUUCAUACAAGGUAAUGAAAGACCAUCGGCUGUUUGAGGACUGCACCUUGUGCCCUCCCUGGUGUCUUACCAUCCGUCUGACCGGGCAUAGUUUUCAACCUGGACUUACACAUUUUAUCCCAAAGUACACUCUGCAAUCUCCACGUAUGGUGUUCUUGCCUGUGUUCCAAGGGGAGACAACACAUCAGUCUUUACUCUUCCAAAAUAUUGGAGACCUGCCCAUUACCUACAAACUGGACACAGAGCUAUGCCCUGACAUCACAGUGAAGCCAUCUGUCGGUAUCAUUCCUGCUGGAGCGCGCCAGUUUUUCAUGCUCAAGACGAUUCCACAAACAGGCAGAAUUCAUAAACACAUCUUGCCCAUCCUGCUCAAUGCCUCAGAAAAAUACAUUCAGGAGGUUACCCUACUGAGUGCAGCUGAGAAGCCAAAGAUUGCUCUGGAAGGGGACGGGAUGCUAUUCUUUAAGCCGACAUGUCUGUACGGCUUGUCUCAGCGCUCAUAUAUCAUUAAGAACAUGAAUCGAAUGCCUAUGAACUUUGAGUGGAAAAUUUACAGUGAUGACUCUCAAGUUUUGUCUGUUACCCCAACUAGUGGAAUCAUUCAGCCCAAUGAAUGCUUGGCUCAGGUCUGGUCCUUCUUACCACUAGAGGAGAUGAGAUAUACGCUCACAGCCAAUCUGCUGUUUUGGAGAGUAAGUGAAAAACCCAACGCCCAAGCAAUCAAAAAAACCCGCCUGACCUUAAAAAUAUUUGGUGAAGGUUGCAAAGGUGUUAUUACGGCAGAGCAGCCAGUGAUAGACCUGUGUGAUGUGCUCGUUGGUGACUGUCAGUCUUGUGAUCUUGUGCUUCUGAACAAAGACUCCUGUUCUUUGGAUUUUGUCCUUGAAGUCGAUCAGGAAAUUUCUGGUCCAUGUGACCCAGAAGACGUCAAUAAUGAUCCUACAGUCCUUGACCUAGAAGUUUCAAAGGGAACAAUUCCUGCAAGGUCAAAAAUUAUUAUUAGAGCAACUGGCAGGCCAUCCAGAAGACUGAACUACUCCUGGUCCAUCCGCUAUCACAUACUGGCCCCUAGAGCCCCAGCACAUGUACUGGAAAAGAGUAUGCCACUGUGCCAGAUUAAAGCCAGGGGAGUGUACCCAAUGAUAACUGUCACUGAUGCACGCAGUUCUGGUAGUAGCAAGGGAAUUAGCAAGCGGCAUCUGUGGAAGCUCUUUUCAUUGGAUACACUCAACUCCUAUCUGCAGCGAGAUCCAACACCUUCAGAGCUUAUAUACAGAGUACCCACCAGACACAGUAUCCGACGCUGUCCUUCUGUGUUCACUCCAACUGUACUGAACUUUAACUUUGGUGCUGCACCCCUUGGUGCAGAGCCUUCCUCUGUACUGCUAAUGUUUGAAAACAAGGAAACAAUUCCAGUUAAAUGGACGUUUCUGUUUCCAGCAGAUCAGCAAAUUGAACUGGAAUAUUGGGCUGAGACUGGCGAGUUUGAUCCUGCUGAACUCAAUGCGAUGAGUAUUCAGGAAAACAAGCUGUUUACGGUGUCGCCCAAAUCAGGCUUUCUUUUUCCAGGGCAACAGAAGUCCAUGCAGCUCAGCUACAGGCAUGAUUUUUUGGGCAUAUCCCGGCUGCCAGUUUUGUUGAAGCUGUCUCAUGGACGUGAAAUAUUGCUGAAUUUUAUUGGGGUGACAAUCGAAAAAGACAGGCACUAUGUUUACUUCACCUCCAACAAGCACACCUUUGCUCCAGUAGCUAUUGGGAGUUUUAGUCCCCCAAAACAGAUCUAUGAACUUUUCAAUGGAGGCGCUGCCCCUGUAAAUUACUACAUAGACCUAGAACCCCUGCGUGUUAUGGAAGAAGAAAACUUCAAUCACCCUAUCUUCAAGUGCCUCAAUCCCAGUGGACAGAUCCCUCCUGGUAGGGCAGUUCACAUUGAAUGGAUCUUCUCUCCCUUGGAGGCUAAAAUGUAUGAGGUUGAUGUACCUGUGCAUAUCCUUGGUGGAGAAUCGGCUCUUAUAUCGUUCUGUGGCGUGGGAUACAAUAGAAAGCUUCUUGGAGAAAGUGCACCUGACAGAACUACAAGUGCUUUAUUUUCAGUGCCACCAGUGCAGAAGGUGCCACUGCCAGACCAGGUAGUUUUCCUCUCAGAAGAACAAGUGUCAAUUGGAGACAUUCCUGUCUAUUCCAAAACCACUCGGAUAUUCUUUUUGUACAAUACAUCCGAGAAGGAAAAAAUGCACUUCACUUGGCAUAAUACAUCAGAAAUGAGCAAGGCAGUAAGCAUCAUGCCUUCAAGUGGAGAACUGGCACCUGGAGAGAGUUGUCUUUGCAUUCUAACAUUAUUUGCAUCAGGAAGCCCCAGCUUCUACCUCUUGGAAUUCAUUUGUCAGGUGACAUCCAAGCAUGCACUGGCACAGUACAAGCGUGAACUUCUGGAAUGGGAGAAAGAAAAGGACAGGCAGUUUACUGAAUUUUCUAUUACAGACAAAAACCUUAAAACGUCAUCCCCUAGUAAGGAUGCUUUAGAUGUUCUUCACAAAGUAGGAGGGAACAUUAGAAAAUACAAGACUCUUCCACCAAUAUCCAGAACUUCAGAUGUCCAGAGGUCACACAAAACGUUGCGCAGAAGACCGAGAGAUGCUGGAAUGCUGUGGAAGAAGCCAGAGGCUCCAGACCCCUUCCCUCUUCACCUGGCUGUUUUAGCACGUUCUCAUAGCCUUGAAGAAUUUGAAGCUAACUUUCCCUCUGAACUUCAGAAACACUACAUAUACAGGUCAACCAGUGCAAAGCAGGAGUCAAACUCCGUGGAGUCCACAUCAUCAGAGGGACAAUACAGCAGCAUUGCAAAUAACAGUACUGAUCGAGAAAUUAUUUCAGAUGUACUAAUGCUUAUGAUAAGGAGUCUGCUGGAUGACCCUCCAUUUCAACAGUCGCUCGCAGAAACUCUUUCAGAGCCAGUGCCAUACUUCUGCCAGAUGCAAAGUGAGGAUAGUUACAGGACCUUAACUAACCAGGGAGACGCAAAUGCUAACUAUGAUGAAAGUAUGUCCACACAUAGUGAUAGGGGUGUCCAGUCUGUUGCUUCUAACAAAGACCCCAAGCUUCCCAUCACAGAUCGCCAAAGUGUUGAGAUGCAGAGACAGGAAUUCAUACAUCAAGAACAACAACUGGAGCUAAAAGAGAAUAUUAAAAGGCUGCCAGAAUUUUGCAACCUGCUUGAAGAGAUUUUCUUGAAUACACUACAAAACAUCAUGAGAGAAGCCAACAGUGGAGAACUGGUUCUAACUUCAAGGCCAAGGGUGAUUGCCUUGCCACCAGGCACCCCAAAAGGAUCACUAUCAAACAGUUCACCAAGAUCUUCACAUCGGUCAAUUGAUAACAAUUCACCAGGACUUCAGGAAAAAAGUAGUGGAAACAGGACAAAUCUUCAUAAAGGACAGCAUAUAUACAACACAAAGGAAAAGGAACGCUGAGGCAUCCCCACGUUCUACAUAUAGUGAACCAAAAUAAAUACAUAUGUUUAAAAAUUACAAUGUUAUGAGGCUGUAUAAUCAAAAAAUAAAAUGCUUUAGUGGACUAUAAAUACAUUCUAUGGUGUCUUUCACCUUAAAAAAGAGCAGGCAGUUACUUUGUACUGCUAUGCAGUUGAAAAUGGAAGAAAGUUGAAACUGUUUAGUUGUUUUUUGGGUGUUGCAGAUAAGUGCCCAUGGGAAUUACAUUUUUCUGUAAUUGAUGUACUUUAUUUUGUUGAUCAUAAAGAAUACAAAGUAAGUAUAAUUAUUGAUUCACCACUCCCUAUAAAAGCAUUUGCAUUUAGCUCCCUUUGGUUGUAAUAUGUUUUGCAAGGGAAGAAUUCAUCUAUAUUCUAGGAUUACCUGUGUCAAUAAAAAAAGACACUGAGUAACCUCAUUAGUAUGUAUUGGUGAUGGAAUACCUUUGGGAAUACUCAUCACUACAGUUUUUCGGCAACUGAAAUUAUCUAAUAGUCUCCUAACACUCCUUUGCUCAUCUGUCUCAUUCACUGUUUAAAUAAGCCUUUAACAACAGCAUGCUCACUUGUUAGUCUUUCAUGUAGUGUGGUUUGUCUUUUUUAAUCUUCUUAUUGAACCAUUUUGUCAGUUUAUUUGAUCAAAAACACUUCCCUUUUAUUGUAAUGUUACUUGUUAAUUGGUUAUCAUUUCUUCUAUUUUGACCAUAUUUCCUCAGACUACCAAUCUGAUUAAAAUAAAAUCCAUCUGUAUGUCAUUCUCAAGCACUGCAAGACUGCAUAUGAAUGGUUAAUUUCUCAAGGUAAAAUUAAGUUUGAGAGGUGAACAUCUUUCUGAGCAGUGCUAAGCAUGCAGUAAGAUAACCGGAUCAAAUUGUCUGGAAUUAUCUAGCAGCAGUACAUGUAAUUCUUACUGAAAAUUUUGAAAAAUCUGACUGAAAUCUUCACAGGACAAUUUUUUGGAUGUAAAAGACAUGUAAACAUAGUAAAAGUAAUCAUGUGUACAGUGGCACUAAAAAUCAUCUUCCAUAGAUGUGAACCACAGAAGGAGAUACACUAAAGGUUGGCAAGCUAUAUUAUCCACCAGUUUGUGAGGAAUUCCCAUACAUAAUUACACUGGAUUACCCAAGAAGGCAAAAAGCAUUCUGGUACCUAGUCUGAGAGUGACCCAGUUCACUGAGUAGUUGAUUCCUUUUUUCUCCAGCCUGUUUGUGAUCUAUACUAAUAAAAGGCAAA